AGGUUCUGUAAGGCCGCUUACCGGGCCGAAAAUGGCUCACAGCUGUUUCAAGCAGCUUAUAAAUUCAGCAAAAGGAUGAUGAUCGUACCCUCUCACCCAGCUGUCGUCAAAGGCAGUGGGAUCCCGGUUCGCCCUCGGAAGAGCUCAGUAAACUUUGAACGAACGGAUUUAGUUUUUGAGGAUUAUGCGGCAGAUUAUGCCGCUAACAAUCAACAGAAUGCGGUGGUUGAUGACAAGGGAGAGACACCAGCGCCACCCAAAUGCUCCUUUUCUUUCUGCAAACGCUUAUGCCCACCUUUCAAGGAAUUAGUCCAGGGCACAAAGGUGCUGGCGGAGCGUAUGCCCAGUGAUUACAUUGACGCAUUUACAAAAGACAAUGUUGGCACCAUGCUAAGCAGCAUUCUCUUCAUCUACUUCGUCGUAUUCGGCCCGGCAAUCACAUUUGGAAACCUAAUGUGUAAGUAG